ACCAAACACUCACCUUUCGCAGUAUAGGAGGAAAAAAGUUAUCUUUAUUUCUUCAAAAUCUGCUCUUUAAACCAAUACCAAGAUUCAUCUCUUGAUUCUUUCUUCCAUGUUCCAAGAUUUCUUGAAACUUUGUUUCCCAUUCCAGUUCUUACAAGUCUGCAAUUCUCCAGACUUCCUUCCCAGCCUGUGUUGUUCUCCAGUUCAUUCAUGCCCAUUCUCUCUUCCUCCCUCAUUUUGCUCUGGAGUUCCAUUUGAUUACUGAGAAAGAAUAAAAGGGAAAGGUUGCCACAACGAGAAGGAGAAGUACCCAUUUCAGGUACUCUGUGGAUGGGCUCACAUUGGCACAAUGGAGAACUUUUUUGGGUUUGAAUUAGUUUUUCUGUUGUGAUAUGACCAUUUUGCCUCAUUCAGCUUCCACGAUGGCCAGGAAAAGAGAGUUAGUGUGCAUAAUUCUUGUGAUUGUCUCAUUUUUACUGAUUGUUCCAUCCAUGCCUCAGAGUGUGGAAACUCGGGCCCUUCUUGAAUUCAAAAAUAAGCUUAGUGAUCCUCAGAAAUGCUUGGAUUCUUGGAAAGACUCAUACUCCCCUUGCAAGUUCGAUGGAAUUACUUGUGACAAAAAAACCGGUUUGGUCACAGGAAUUUUCCUCGACUCGAAGAACCUGUCAGGGGUGAUAUCUCCAUCCAUUACUGCUCUUAAGAGCCUUGCUCAAGUAGUGUUACCUUCUAAUUCAUUAUCUGGGCCUCUCCCCGGCGAAUUGGCCAGUUGCCCCAAUCUCAAAGUUUUGAAUGUGUCAGGGAAUAACUUGAAUGGAAAUAUACCCAAUCUGUCCAUGAUAACUGGCUUGGAGAUUCUUGACUUGUCAGUGAACUACUUUUCUGGAGAGUUCCCAUCAUGGGUUGGAAAUCUGACUAGUUUGGUGUCACUAGGCCUUGGCGAUAACAACUACGAUAAGGGAAAGAUUCCUGAAAGCCUCGGAAAUCUGAAAAACCUGACUUGGCUGUACCUAGCUGGUUCAAAUCUGGGAGGGGAAAUCCCGGACUCGAUAUUUGGAUUGCAAGCACUAGAAACACUGGAUAUUUGCAGGAAUCAGAUUACAGGGAUUGUCCCCAAGUUGAUUGGGAACAUGAAAAGUCUCCUGCAAAUAGAGCUCUAUCAAAAUAAUCUCACUGGAGAACUCCCACCAGAACUGGGAGACCUCACCCUUCUACAACAACUUGAUGUCUCCAACAAUCAAAUGCAUGGGACUCUCCCUCCUGGGUUAGGGAAGUUGAGAUACUUGACAGUUUUCCACGUUUUCAGGAACAAUUUCUCGGGAGAAAUCCCUCCGGGUUUUGGAGAGAUGGAGAAUCUCAUUGCCUUCUCUGUCUACAUGAAUAGUUUUACCGGAGAAAUCCCCAAAAAUCUCGGGCGGUAUUCUCCCUUGAAUGUCAUAGACAUCUCAGAGAAUGGGUUUUCGGGUGCAUUCCCGAAAUACUUGUGCCAAAAUGGGAACUUGCAGAAGUUGUUCACAGUGGAAAAUAGAUUCUCUGGGGAAUUCCCAGAGACCUAUGCUUCCUGUAAGAGCUUAGAGAGGCUCAGGCUCACAAAUAAUCAAUUCUCUGGAAAGAUACCUGAAGGGGUGUGGGCACUUCCAAGCCUGAAUAUGAUGGAUUUCAGCAAUAACAAUUUCACCGGGCAUAUGUCUACAGCAAUCGGGACUGCUACAAACCUGGACCAUUUAAUAUUGUCGAACAACAAAUUCUCGGGCGAACUCCCAAAAGAACUUGGCAAACUCACACAACUGCAAAAGCUUUAUUUGGAUGACAAUGACUUUUCCGGACCAUUACCAUCUGAACUUGGCUUGUUAAGGCAAAUAUCUUCUUUACAUUUGGAGAAGAACUCCCUCAUAGGAUCAAUACCAACAGAGUUGGGUCAAUGUCCAAGGCUGGCAGAUCUAAACCUUGCUUCAAAUCUUCUUAGUGGAAGCAUCCCGGAUUCGAUAACUCUGAUCACCUCUCUGAACUCCCUGAAUCUCUCUAGCAACAAGAUUACUGGCCCAAUCCCGAGGAACUUGAACAAUCUGAAACUAUCUUCCAUUGAUUUCUCUAACAAUCAGCUGUCUGGGGAAGUUUCAAGCGAUGUUUGGAUUAUGGGUGGAGAAAGGGCAUUUCUUGGAAACGAAAGACUGUGUAUCGAUCAAGGAGUCAGAGCUCAAUCCAACACAGUGUUAAGUGUGUGUGAAGGAAAUCGCGUUCAUCGUGGAACUGUGAUGAAAAGGUUGUUUGUUCUCUUCAUUGUUUUGUUCUCUUUAGCUGUUUUCUUGGGUGUGUUGUUGGUCACGACUUACUGGAACUACAACCAUAGUGAUGAUAUGGACACAAAGAAACACCCGACGGAAACAAAGGAUCUCAAGGUGAAAUGGAAACUUGAAAGCUUCCACAAAAUAGAGCUGGAUGCAGAUGAAAUAUGCAACAAUUUGGAUGAAGACCAUUUGGUUGGGAGUGGGGGAACGGGAAAAGUGUACCGGGUGGAUUUGAAGAAAAGUUAUGGCACAGUUGCAGUGAAGAAACUCUGGGUGGGAAAUGGAGUGAAGGUUUCGAGUAGAGAAAUGGAGAUUCUAGGGAAGAUCAGGCACCGAAAUAUAGUGAAACUUUAUGCAAGUCUUAUGAGUGAAGGUUCAAAUAUCUUGGUAUUCGAGUACAUGCCAAAUGGCAAUCUUUUCCAGGCACUUCACAUUGGUAAGCCAGACCUGAGUUGGGUUCAGAGGUACCAAAUCGCUCUUGGAGCUGCUAAAGGAAUCACUUACCUACACCAUCAUUGUUCCCCUCCUAUUAUCCACAGAGACAUCAAAUCAACCAAUAUUCUCCUUGAUGAGGACUACGAGGCAAAGGUUUCUGACUUUGGGAUUGCAAAGAUCGCAGAUGUUUCUUCGGUGGGAUCUGAAUUCACUUCUUUUGCUGGCACUCACGGUUACAUGGCUCCGGAGAUGGCAUACACUCUGAGAGUGACCGAGAAGAAUGAUGUGUACAGUUUUGGAGUAGUGUUACUGGAGCUAGUCACAGGUAGAGCUCCAAUAGAAGAUGGCUAUGGAGAAGGGAAGGAUAUAGUUUAUUGGGUUUCUUCUCAGCUCGAUGACCGAGAGAGUGUCAUCAAGAUUCUUGACCCAAGGAUUGGAGUGACGGGUCUUGAGAACGAGAUGAUCAAAGUGCUGAGAAUUGCAAUGAUGUGCGUCAAGAAGCUCCCGAGUCUACGCCCCAGCAUGAAAGAGGUUGUGAACAUGCUGGUUGAUGCAGAACCAUCCACGUUCGAAAAAUCUGCCGCGAAUUCUUGAUGAUAAUGAUAAUAAUAAUAAUAAAAAUAAUGGAAAGGGUCGGUGUUGCUAUAGUCACUCUCAUUUUGGCUAAAUCACUCCCUUUAAUGGUAAAUAGAAAAUUAUUACCCUUAAAAAUAUGAAAGAGGGGCAUUAGAUGUAAGCCAACUUUUGAGGGCAAAAUCGUCCAUUUAUCAUAAAAGGAGUGGAUUUAGCCAAAAUGGGUAGUCUUUCCCUUGUUUCUUCAUGUUUAUAUACAUCUAUAUGUGCAAGUUCCUGGGCAAAGGGUGGGUUCAGUGGGGCUCUCCUUGUACAGAGUAAUUGGGUUUGUAAUUUUCUUUUUGUUUUCGUAUAGCAUGCACCAUUAGAUCAGAUGGUGGUUUGGUGAAAAUGGAUCUUUUUAUUGUAAUGUGGGAACUAUCUGUUCAA